AUGGAUCUCGUUGUCCAGCUCGCCCAAGCGGGAGCAGGAGGCGUUGCUGUGCACUCAGCGGUGAGGCGAGGUCAGGAGGCGGUCGUUGCGGAGCUGCUGAGGCUGGGGGCAUCGCCAGGAGAGCCGGACGAGAGCGGCGAUACUCCUCUCCAUAUCGCCGCCAGCCUAGGUCAUGACAGCAUCCUUACGCUACUUCUUCUCCAGGAUGUUGAAGUCAACGCGCUUGAUAGUGAGGACCGUGCGCCUCUUCAUGUAGCCGCUGAGCAAGGUUCUCUUGCUGCUGUCGAGCUCUGGUUUCUGCCCACGCGGAUCUCAGCCUCCGCUUCGGCGACGAUGAUCGAUCGGCGAUGGAUCGUGCAGCGUACUUCGGUAAUGUGGACGUCAUGCGCGUGUUGA